GGCCACCCCAACACCAAGCAUUUACCCAGCACUUAUCCAGUGAAACAACUUGGUAAGCGUUUCGAGGGAGACAUCCGCCGGGUUAGGAAAUCACGGACUGUGCAGCUUGUGGAAGCCCGCAUUUGCCACGUCCCUCAAAUGUUUUGAAGAUUGUUGCGUCUUGUAACUACCAGUGUGUCCAGAAUCCUACUCAAGGAACGUCGUGGUCCAGCGAUGCAAAGAUCUGAAAUUUCAAGCUGAACAACCUGUAUUGUCCCCAUAAUAGUAGAGAAGAAUUCAAGAUAGGAGAGAGAGGCAGCAUCGAAUGAAGACUGUAAAAGAAAAGAAGAAGGCAUGCCAAAGAUUGAGAAAACCUGCCAAGACUAGGAGGGUAACACAAAGGAAGCCAUCUUCAGGACCUGUUUGCCGGCUAUGCCUUCGAGAACCUGGGGAUCCUGAAAAAUUAGGAGAAUUUCUUCAGAAAGACAAUCUCAGCGUGCAUUAUUUCUGUCUUAUCUUAUCUAGCAAGUUGCCUCAGAGGGGCCAAUCCAACAGAGGUUUCCAUGGAUUCCUGCCUGAAGACAUCAAAAAGGAGGCAGCCCGGGCUUCUAGGAAGAUCUGUUUUGUUUGCAAGAAAAAGGGAGCUGCUAUCAACUGUCAGAAGGAUCAUUGUGUCAGAAACUUCCAUCUGCCUUGUGGCCAAGAAAGGGGUUGCCUUUCACAAUUUUUUGGAGAGUACAAAUCAUUUUGUGGAAAACAUCGCCCAAAACAGAACAUCCAACAGGGGAACAUAAGGGAGGAAAGCUGUGUCUUGUGUUGUGAAGACUUAUCUCAAGCGAGUGUUGAGAACAUCCAGAGCCCUUGUUGUAGUCAUACUAUCUACCACCGCAAGUGCAUCCAGAAAUAUGCCCACACGUCAGCAAAGCAUUUCUUCAAAUGUCCCCAGUGUAACAACAGAGAAGAGUUUCCUCAAGAAAUGCUAAGAAUGGGAAUUCAUAUUCCAGACAGAGAUGCUGCCUGGGAACUUGAGCCAGGAGCUUUCUCAGAGUUGUAUCAGCGCUAUCAGCAUUGUGAUGCCCCCACCUGUCUGUAUGAACAAGGCAGAGACAGCUUUGAGGAUGAAGGGAGGUGGCGCCUCGUUCUCUGUGCUACAUGUGGAUCCCAUGGAACGCAUAGGGACUGCUCAUUUCUCAGAUCCAACAGCAAGAAAUGGGAGUGUGAGGAGUGUUCACCUUCUGCUUCACUUGUAGACUACAUAACUGAAAAUUCAGGUAACAUCCCAUCCUGCAGCAGCACCUUCCACCCCCAGGAGCAAUUCUGCAGAGACACUAGCCUGGCAGAAAAUCCAGGCCCUUCUUGGACUGAUUGGCCGGGACCUUCCUUAUUAGAAAAGCCGGAGUCCUCUGGUGGCAGGAGGGGACACUCCUGGCAGUCCAAGAGAGUCAAAAUCACUAAGAGCUGCAAAAAAUCCAAUUAA